AUGGAAAUUGUCGUCAAUCAUUCCCCCGUAGCCUGUAACGUUGCUACUCUGUCAGAUAUACAUCGUGCAAUGGAAAAAUUCUGGAUCAUUGAAGAUGACGCAUCGCCAGCAUACUCAAUACAGGAAACGCUUUGCGAAAAUCACUUUCGAGACACUGUUUCCCGCGACAUCGAUGGUCGAUAUUGCGUUCGUCUUCCACUGAAAUGCGAAGAACUGAGCAAAUUGGGAGAUAAUAAACAAACAGCAUUUCAUCGAUUUCGUCUCAUCGAGCGUCGAUUAGGUCGCGAUGCUAGGCUUGCUAGUCAAUAUCGCGAAUUUAUGGAGGAGUACAUACGGCUCGGGCAUAUGAAGCGCAUUAGUCCAGUACAAGCAGAAACAAAACCAUCAUUCUUCUUACCACACCAUCCUGUAAUUCGAGAAGCAAGCAGUACGACCAAGCUUCGGGUCGUGUUUGAUGCAUCAUGCAAGAGUGAAACAGGACUAUCACUUAACGACGUCAUGCUAGUAGGACCAAUUAUUCAAGAAGAUUUGCGUUCCAUUAUCAUGCGAUCUCGUAUACAUCCGAUAAUGCUGGUUGCAGAUGUUGCAAAAAUGUUUCGGCAAGUUCGACUGCAUGAGGAAGAUACGCCGUUACAAAGAAUUUUCUGGCGUUCGUCACCGGCUGAAUCAAUCGAAAUUUAUGAGUUGAAAACGGUAACCUACGGAACCGCUGCUGCUCCGUACCUAGCAACACGAGUCCUUCAACAGCUGGCGAAGGAUGAACAACUGAAGUAUCCUAUCGCAGCCAAAGCCACGUGUGAGGAUUUUUAUGUGGACGACUUUCUCUCAGGUGGAAAAAACGUCGAAGAGGCCAUUGAACUGCGUACUCAAAUGGAAGCAAUGUUUGGUUCAGCUGGAUUACAGCUUCGAAAGUGGGCCAGUAAUUCUUUGGGCGCACUAGAAGGUAUACCAGAAGAUAAUCGAGCGCUGAAACAGACUGUCGAGUUUAGCCAGGAUCAGACCAUUAAAUCACUUGGAUUACAUUGGGAACCACAAGCAGAUUGUCUGAAAUAUUAUUUUGAAACGCCUUGCUUUGAUUCUUCUACAGCUAUUACCAAACGUACUACACUCUCCUGCAUAGCGAAAUUGUUCGACCCACUAGGUUUAGUGAGUCCGGUAAUAGUAAUUGCAAAAAUCUUCAUGCAGGCACUGUGGAGCUUGAAGAACGAAAACAACGCUUCCGAGCUCGCAUAUGGCUCUUGUGCCUACAUUCGUUCGAUGAAUGCAGCAGGAGAGAUAAAAAUAGCACUUCUAACAUCGCGAUCUCGAGUAGCACCUAUUAAACAGCAGUCCAUCCCACGUCUUGAGCUCUGUGGGGCUCUGCUAUCUGCAGAAUUGUACGAGAAGAUUUCGAAGUCGUUGCGUACUACAGUGAGAACAUAUUUCUGGGUAGACUCAACAACAGUCCUAAGUUGGUUGAAAUCUCCUCCAUCGACGUGGUCAACGUUUGUCGCUAACCGAGUGUCGAAGAUUCAGCAUGCCACACAGAACUGCGAAUGGAAUCACGUAGCAGGAGCGGAAAAUCCAGCGGAUAUCGUUUCCAGAGGGCUUCCGGCAGAUGAUAUCUUGAAGUGUGAACUUUGGUGGCAAGGAUCGCCGUGGCUUAAGAAGCAUAAGGAAUUUUGGCCUGUUCAAAUCUUUGAAAGAGUAGACAGUUCAGAUACUAUGAACGAGGCGCGAAGAUCCAUGUUGGCAGCAACUUCUCUGUCAGUUUCAUUCAUUGAAGAGUAUACCUCUCGAUUUUCGGAUUAUCAGCGUCUUCUUCGUACAACAGCUUAUUGUCAGCGUUUCGCUAAAAACCUUCGAUCGGAAAAGAAGGAACGAAUGUUUUCAACCCUCACGACAUCGGAAAUCAGAGACGCAGAGCUAACACUCGUUCGGCUGGUUCAACGGGAUAGUUUCCCUGCAGAAUGGAAGUCAUUGCAGGAAACACAGACAGUAGCUUCAAAUUCUCGUCUCCGUUGGUUUCAUCCGAUAAUAGGAACAGAUAACGUUAUUCGUAUCGGUGGGCGGCUGGAUCGCGCCACCGUUUCGUUCGAUUCCAAACAUCAGAUCCUGCUGCCAGGAUCUCACCAAUUCUCCAAGCUAUUAAUUUGUUGCUACCAUCAACGUUUGCUGCACGCAGCUGUGCAGCUCUUGACAAACACCAUUAGGCUUCGAUUCUGGAUUCUAGGAGGUCGUAGUGUAGUGCGUCGUAUUAUACACGCAUGUGUAACCUGUUUUCGAGCCAAGCCGAAGUUAGUCGAGCAAUUUAUGUCCGAGCUUCCGUCUUCAAGAGUAACCGCAUCAAGACCGUUCUCCACAGUUGGAAUUGAUUUUUGGGGACCUAUACAUCUCAAACCUAGACACCGACGUGAUGCACCACCGAAGGCAUAUGUUGCAGUGUUUGUCUGCUUCUCCACGAAAGCCGCUCAUUUAGAGCUAGUCGUUGACCUUACUACAGUCAAGUUUCUGCAAGCCUUUCGUCGCUUCGUUUCAAGAAGAGGGUUAUGUUCUGAUGUUUGGACUGAUAACGGAAGGAAUUUCGUCGGUGCAGCCAACGACAUCCGACGGUUGAUUCGUGCGAAGGAAUUUAAACAUAGUAUGGCCCGAGAAUGUUCUGACUGCGGAAUACGUUGGCAUUUCAACCCUCCAAGAGGCUCUCACUUUGGCGGCCUCUGGGAGGCAGCCAUAAACUCGGCUCAAAAACAUUUUGUCCGAGUGCUGGGUGACAGGAAACUCGACUUUGACGAUAUGGAGACACUUUUAACGCAGAUUGAAUGUUGCCUUAAUUCACGUCCUCUUACAAAACUUUACGAAGAUCCAUCAGAUCUGCAGGCUCUAACACCUGGGCAUUUUUUAAUCGGAACUGCGCUCAAUUCUGUUCCUGACAACAACUACGACUCAAUUCCGUUUAAUAGGCUACAUCAAUGGCAGCAAAUUCAAAAAAUUCUGCAAGACAUCUGGAAGCGAUGGCACGUUGAGUAUUUUGCAACACUCCAACCACGCACAAAAUGGUACAAACCACCUGUGAAACUACAAAUCGAUCAACUUGUCAUUAUUCUAGAAGAGAACCUUCCACCGAUGCGUUGGCCAAUGGCGCGUGUCCGUGAACUGCAUCCUGUCAACUACGACGGUUUCUGCGAGGCAGAUCAACACUUCGAUGUUUCCGAGGAACGGAUCAACAUGGCGUCAACCUACAACCACACGUCUUUCAACGGAAAUCGACUAAAUGUUCAAGGCCCUCCAAAUAUAGAGUCCACGCGGGAUGAGCUACAGGAAGGCCAUAGUCCACGAUAA